GAUAGGCCGCCAUUUUGUGCUAGGCCUACUCCUCCAAAGCGGGAGAAAAUUAAGAGCUCGGCGCAGAGCACACACCACCGUCUGCUGCAGGAUUGAGAGGAGCAACCGCCGGCCCUGAGCUUCGAAGUGACUCCAACGGGGAAAAGAACCAACCAGGACGUUGGUUAGCCCACUGCCAUGGAGGGCGAGGUCGUGUCCAUGGAGUCAGCUCAGGCCGCUGUCCUGGCCUCUGAUGGAAAGGUCCUAUCAGAGGGCAGAGAGACCUUGAUACAAGCGGCGCAUGGAGAAGUGGCUGGUAACAUGGACAUGAUGGUGAUGGAUGCGCUGGAUCCAACAUUGCUGCAGAUGAAAACAGAAGUGUUGGAGGGCGGCGGCACUGUGACGGUUACCGGUGGAGACGAGGGUCAGAUCAUCACGCUUCAGGUGGUGAAUAUGGAAGAGCAGGCUGGUGCCGCCUUAGGUCUCGGUCAGCUUCAGCUGGUGCAGGUACCAGUCACAACCACUGUAGAGGGGCUCCAGGCCACUUUUGUAGGGGCGUCAGCCGGCAACAAGGAUGCAGAACCAGUUAUCUGCCACACCCUUCCCCUGCCCGAGGGCUUCCAGGUUGUAAAAGUGGGAGCAAAUGGUCAGGUGGAGACUGUAGAGCAGGAAGAGCUCCAAGCAGCCCACGAUGAGCUCCAAGCAACACAGGAGGAGGAAGAGGAAGAUGAGGAAGUGGGAGAACCUGAACCUGCUCUCCCUCAGCAAGAUGACCCAGAAUGGUCAAAGGAUCCAGACUACCAACCCAUAGCUGCUAUCCGCAAAGGGAAAAAGGGCAAAAAAAGCCGACUUCGGUAUGCAGAGGGAGAUCGUGACAUGGAUGUUUCUGUGUACGACUUUGAGGAAGAACAACAGGAGGGGCUGCUGUCAGAGGUCAAUGCUGAGAAGGUUGUGGGCAACAUGAAACCUCCAAAGCCCACCAAGAUCAAGAAAAAAGGUGUGAAGAAAACCUUCCAAUGUGAGCUCUGUAGUUAUACCUGUCCAAGGCGUUCUAAUCUGGAUCGACACAUGAAGAGCCACACGGAUGAGAGGCCGCACAAAUGUCACUUGUGUGGCAGAGCCUUCAGAACAGUCACACUGCUGAGAAACCACCUGAACACACACACAGGUACUCGGCCACAUAAAUGCACAGAUUGUGACAUGGCGUUUGUGACCAGUGGAGAGUUGGUGCGUCAUCGUCGCUACAAACACACCCAUGAGAAGCCCUUUAAGUGUUCAAUGUGCGACUAUUCCAGUGUGGAGGUGAGUAAGUUGAAGAGGCACAUCCGCUCUCAUACUGGGGAACGGCCUUUUCAGUGCAGUCUUUGCAGCUAUGCCAGCAGAGACACUUACAAGCUAAAAAGACACAUGAGGACACAUUCAGGGGAGAAGCCGUACGAGUGCUACAUCUGCCAUGCUCGUUUUACCCAGAGCGGCACCAUGAAGAUGCACAUUCUGCAGAAACACACGGAAAACGUGGCCAAGUUCCACUGCCCGCACUGUGAUACUGUGAUUGCACGCAAGAGUGAUCUGGGUGUUCACUUGCGAAAGCAGCACUCGUUUAUCGAGACUGGGAAGAAAUGUCGUUACUGUGACGCUGUGUUUCACGAGCGCUACGCUCUGAUCCAACACCAGAAGACUCACAAGAAUGAGAAACGUUUCAAGUGUGACCAGUGUGAUUACUGCUGCAGACAGGAGCGCCACAUGAUUAUGCACAAGCGAACACACACGGGAGAGAAGCCAUUUGCCUGUAGCCAGUGUGAGAAGACUUUCCGACAGAAGCAACUUCUGGAUAUGCAUUUCAAGCGUUACCAUGAUCCAAACUUUGUUCCCACUGCCUUUGUCUGCAGCAAGUGCAGCAAGACCUUCACUCGCAGGAACACGAUGCUGCGUCAUGCGGAGAACUGCAUGGGCGAAGCUGAUGGAGAUGAAAACGGAGCUCCCUCCCCCAAGAAGGGUCGGCGUGGCAGAAAGAGGAAGAUGCAGGCCAGGAGGGACGAUGAUGACGAUGAUGAUAUCACAGAGGGUGAACUGGAUGAAGCAGAAGACGAGGAGGAUGAAAUGCUAAAUGAGAUUGAAGUGGAACAGGCUGAACCAGUUGUCCCAAUUCCUGCACCAGUUGAGCCCCCGGUGAAAAGGAAACGUGGACGCCCCCCUAAGCAUAAGCCUGACACUGCUGCCAUCAUCCGUGUAGAGGACGAGGCUACAGGAGAGGUCGACGACAUCAUUGUAAAGAAGGAGGUCGGAGCGGAGCAGGAAGAGGAUGCGGAGGAGGAGGUGGUGGUUGGUGCUGUCAAGUCAACCCUUCAGAUGGAGGAGCUGUCUCAGGUAGAAGGGGAAGCUGAGGAGGUGCAGCUGAACGAGGCCCCUCCUAAUGGAGACCUGACCCCUGAGAUGAUCCUCAGCAUGAUGGACCGAUGAUUUAUGUGAAGGUGGAAUCUAUAAAAACACCUAGACUUUUCGUUAAAUCUUUAUUUUAAUUUUUGGCAUUUAGGAUAACAAAACCUUGCACCAUGCACAGAAAAAACCAUCACUGUUGUAAUUUAAAAAUGUACUUUUUAAUCGUGUCGAUAAAGACUUUGGACAACUGAGGGAGAAAAUGUUAAUAAGGAUUUAUCAAACCAAAAACAAAUUUUAGUACAUUUAAGUUUGGGGUGGCUGUAAUUUGCUGUAGUUUGUUUUUAUCUAUGGGUGAUUUGGCUUGAGACUCUUAAAAAAGUUCUGGAUGAGCUUUUUAAUCUUUUGUAGGACUUUUUCUUGCCAUUUUAGGCUGAUUAUAGAGUGUGUAAAUAGAAAUUGAGUAUUUAAAGCCCAAACUGGAAGUAAUUGUACGAACAAGCAACUGCCUCUAAUUACGGCCACUUCAAAUUACGAACCAUGAAAUUUCUUGACAUUUUGUUAUCUUCCUCUGGUUAGUAAAUACUUUAAAAAAAAAUCAUAUUCUAGUUUUUAAAAGCUUAAUAGACAGCUUCUUUCAUGCUCCUUUCCUGCUACUGUAAUACCUGUAGAAGAUGUGUAUGUACUAAAGUGUCACAGACAUAAAAAAAAAAAAAAAAAAAGCUUUGCUCUCGUGUGUAGUCAUUCCACAUUGGGUUAAUGUUUUCUUUUUUACCAUUGGCAAAGCUAUGUAGCAGCUUCAAUGACCUUUUUAAUAACUGUGUUGCAGAUGAGAACAGAUGUAGGAUUGUACAACCAAUAAAAACCAGUCAUGAGGCUGGUGUUUUAGGUUUCUGCAGUUGUAAUGAUGUGUAUUUUUAAAGGAACUGGUUUUGGCUCUGCUGAUAUGUUUAUUGGUACAGUAAUAGCAAGAGUUCGCUUGACAUUUUGUUAAAAUUGGCUGGAGAAAGAUGACAAAAUGAGAAAUGUCAGCAUAUUUUGCUUGCAAAUAUAUUUUAUUAAAUUGGAAAACUUGAA